AUGUCAACUCAUCUCCCUUCACAUUCAGCCACCAUGGCGCUCAUGAGGAAGCUCUUCGCUCGGAAGGCCAUGGAUGGAUUGUCGCCUGUCUCUGAGCGGGUCUUCGUGUUCAACUCUUGCAUGUCGACCGAAGCACUCGACGAGGACACGCACAAAGAUUACCUGACCAGCACCAUCAUCCAGCUCAAGGGCUCCAACCCGUACGCCUCGCUCAUGAUCAUCAACUUCGCCGCGGCACCGACCGGAACCGAUGCCGUCCACUCCCUCCUCCGGCAGGGCACCACCGCCGUCGUCACCGACUACCCGUCCCGGUACGCCGGCUACGGCGCGGCGUGGCCCGCCCUCGCGUUCGCCAUGGCUAGCCUACUGGUGUAUAUCGAGGAGGCCGCGCCGGAGCAGAGGACUCUGGAUGCGGUGUACGGGAGAGCACCGGUGGAGAUGCUCAGUACCGGCUCGCCGCUGGAUCCGCGGCCGUCUCAUCUGAGGUAUCUGCAGUAUGUGGCAAGGCUCAGGGACAAGGGCUCCCUGAUUGGCAUCGCCAAGCAGGAGCGCUUCGUCCUGGACUGCCUGAUCUUCAGAGCUGUUCCGGAUUUUGACGGCGGCGGUGGCUGUAGGCCGGUUGUUCGUGUCCACGGCGAGCCGCAUCGGCCGCACACCGAUGCGUCGCCCGAGGUUCUGUUUAGCACACCAAGGAUCAAGCAACAAUUCAAGCACUAUAAGCAGGCAGAUAGCACAGUGAUCAAGGCUGACAUUGGCUGUGACAUACAAGGUGAUGUGGUCAUCGAGUGCAUCCAUGUUGCUGAUGAAAACCAUGAGGAUAUAAUGUUCAGGGUCAUGUUCAACACUUGUUUUCUACGGUCUAACAUGAUGAUUUUCACUCUGGACGACAUUGAUCUGCCAUGGAAUGGCAGCAAGGAGAAGUUUCAACAGGACUUUAAGAUUGAGGUGUUCUUCUCAGAGGUGGAACUAUCAGACAUUGAUGAGAGCCAUGACGAGUGUGAACUUUCAUCACUUGGAAAUGAAGACGAGUUCUAUGACUUUGACGAGAUCUUGAUCGACUCGGAUUUUGAUCUAAAGGAUCAUGAAUGGCAUGGCGAAACUUCACGACAAGGUUACAGUCAAGAGGCAGAUCUCCACACAGAGGGGAGUGAAACCGGAGCUUCAGACAGUGCAAGCGGUAGUUCAGAAGAGAGAGGAAAUGAUGAUGAUGAUAUCGGGGCAUCAGAUAGCGCAAGUAAUAGUUCCGAAGAGAAAGGAGGUAUUAGCACUGAUGAUGAGGCUGGGCUGAUCCAUGGAGGGAAUGUUACUAGACAAAGCAAAGAUCCUAGAUUAGGGGAAACAAGUUAUCUACUGGAAGUUGGAAGCAGCAGUUCUAUUCCACCAAUUGUCCCCACAAGAAGUAUGGAUCAAGAGAUGUCAACUAGUUGCCAAAAUAACAAAAGUGCACAAGAAGGAGCAAUCCCAGAAGGACUAAUUCCCAUGCAAGAUGGCGCAUAUGGAGCCCUAAACCACCAGCCUAUGGGAAAAACUAGGCAGAAACAAGCUGCCAUUAUCUCACCAGUUCCCAUCAUUAGAAAGAAAAUCAGGAAAGAUACUGGAUCAGAUGAUAAGAAUCCUGCAAUAUCAAAUAGAGCAGCCUCACAAAAGGGGGCACUUGUUGCUACUUCUAGCUCCAGGGGCAGUACGCCUCAAGCAAAGACAACUUCAUCUCCUCCCAAAGAAUAUGACAUUGCUAACAGGUUGAAGCAAGGGGCAGCUCAAGCAAGACGAACAUCUAACCUUUCUAAGGAACACUUGAAGCAUAGUUCUCAACAACAAGCAAGGGGAGAUCCAACGGCUCAAAAGAAUUUUGCAAAUGGCACUGCCACAAGGUCAGAGGUAAGACAAAUAGUUUUCACCCGGCACACAACUCCAUCUUUUGCACCGAGUCCUCUAGGCCGAGAGCUAAAUCAACAAGACAGCAAAGGCAGCCAUAGUCCAUUGGAUAAAAAUAAGAAACCAGUUACUCGUCCCUCUGAGAACCCUAUGACUGGGAAAACACAAAAACAAGAGGCAACAGUAUCAUCAGUCGUAGACACUCCUCGUCGAACAGCCGUUAUGAAGAAAUCCUUGUCGUUGCCAGUAAUUUCAGAAACGGCAACUAUUGCUUCCUCAGGAAAGAUCAGGACUAUGACUUCACUCCCUGGUGUCAACACAUCUCGUCCUAGCUCCGGAUUUCACAUAGCUGCUUCUUCGUCGUCACCCCGAGCAAAUAAACAUGGCAUAUCACCGCCUUCAUCUCCAGGAAGAUCGCCACUGGCUGGUUCCAAAGCCCACAGAGCAGUGCCAGUUGCUCGGCCAGAUAUGCAGCAGGGCACAUCAGCUCCAGUCAGGUUGCCUCGCCGUGCAUCACUCAGCGAGUUAUCCAAAUCUCUAUCAACCCCUAGAGCGAGCGAUGGACACUCCCUAUCACCAAAAACAUCUAGAGUCAUCCAGAACCAUCCAGAACCAUCCAGAGCCAGUGCCAGAAGUUUGUCCCCUCUAUCGCCAAAAUCAACAAGAACACAUCCAUCAACAAAGAGCACAGUUACCCAUUCCAGCUCCAAAGACAAUAACAGAACUGGAGCUGCACCAGCAAGGCCAACAAGAUUAAGUUCUUGA